UUAUUUUCUUCUCGACUGGGUGGGUGUUGAGAGUCAUAGAAGAGCAUUUAUUCUGUAUUGUUCUUCAACCUGAUAAGGAUACUUAACUUUGGCAAACGAUGGCCGUCUAAGUACUCUACAAGGGUGUUUACCCAGCAGGCAAAUUUAACGGAAACCUGUUGUCUAUAUAAGCGCCUACGGCUAACAAGCGCAUCCAAGGAAGCCAGGAAGCCAUGAACUUUGGCGUCUUCCCUCAAAUAUAAAUAGAGCAGAGUCAACUGGCAUAUGCUGUGUGAUGAUGCCAAAUUGCCAGAAUUGUCACUGUGACAAAGUAACCUAUGAAAAAGUCUCAGAAACGAAGAUCUCGGUCCGGCUGUACUGAGUGCCGACGCCGUCACCGCAAAUGUGACGAAACCCGACCCAGCUGCUCAAGCUGUAGAAUAACAGGCAGAGAAUGCUCCUACGAGGUCCGGCUGUUAUGGGGUGGACGGCCAUUCCGCAAAUCUCGAUUCGGAGAUUGCCUAAGCCAGGACCCCAGCUUGACUCGGGUGCCUGUUUCGACCUCAUCUGACUUCAGCGGGAGAGCUUUUGUGUACGGAUCUGGAUGUGAAUCAUCAGGGCAAUUAUCUCAUCCGAAGGCGACUAUUCUCACUCAUUCCGAAACCACAGCAGGGAACCAAAUUAUUAGGAACCCUGAUCUAUUGAGCUGGCUUCACCCAACUUAUCGGUCCCUAUUAGACCAUUUUAUAUCCUCCACCACCAGGGCUCUUUCCUGCCAUAAGGUGGUACAGCAGGACUUCUGCGCUGUUUUGGUUCCAAUGGCACUCCAGACGCCCUAUCUAUUGGUAGCGCUCCUUAGCCUAGCAGCAACGCAUCGCGUGUCUCUAGGCAUUGAACAAAACCUAACUGAAUUGGACCUCCUCAGCACCACCAGCCUGAACCAACUGCAGAAUGUACUUUCUCAGCCUAACUUCCAUCUAGACGACGCAACGAUAGCAACAACUUUGACCCUUUGCUUCACAGAGAUAGUCUCCGAUGGGAGGAGUCCUGGAUCGUGGAGGCUCCAUCUGCAGGGUGCAGCGGCAAUGAUAUCAGAGCACCUAAAGACAGUGAAGGUCCCUUUGGAUUCUCUGCCAUCUGCCACCUCACUGCUCUGGCGCUGGUACUUCUCCAUGGAAACGGUAUCAUUACUCUGUGGAAAUCUGUCAGUCCCUCCUAGCUCCCGAGCAGGGUUGUUAAUUCAAGACAUCUUCGAGCAUGAUGAAAUUGAUGACCUGGCCGGCUUCCCGUCGUCUCUGGUUCCCAUUUUCAAGAACAUAAACCGGUUGACAAUGGAGUCAGGAUACACCCAAAAUCAGCCUGGAAACAUAAAUGCGACCAGCACCACGCAACCCUCACAACCCAGCAACUCCAUAAUCGACCGAUGUCACCAAAUCAUCAACGAGAUCAACAUAAUGCUCUUGACCGCAAAAGUGCCUCGAUUCCGUCCCAACGUUGACAGCACGCUCACAUCUGUACAUCGUAGUGACUUUACUGCUCUGGACGAAACAUACCACCACGCCGCUCUUCUGCAGCUCUAUCGGCGUGUUCUUAACCUCCCAUCAUCAAACCUCCUGGUGCAGAGUUCCGUCGGCCAGAUAAUCCGCCGCAUUUCGUCCAUGCACUUUCUCGAUGAGGCGUGUCCGGGUGUAGCUGUUCUGCAGCCGCUGUUUAGCGCGGGUUGCGAGGCAUACCAGGAGGCUGACAGAGAGAACAUACGCAUCCUUCUCUGUCGAAUGGGGUUACGCUAUGGCAUGGGAAAUGUGCGGAGUGCGCUUGGUUUUCUUGAGGAUCUCUGGUAUAUGCGAGAUGCAAACUCCGAUUCGGAGGGGAGAGUGAGGUGGGAUAAAGUCAUGGUGGAAAAAGGGCUAGAUUUACUAGCAUACUAAGUCGACCGAACCAUGAACGCCCUACAGGUAUCUGGGGAACAUCCUAUAGAACGAGCAGGCAAGGGUACUACGCACACACCGGGUCUACACGCUCCACCGUUCCAAGUUAAACCUGUAAUAUGAACUUCUCACAUUCAAUUCGAGCAAUUUACCUCUCGUCAGCAGCCCCCAGUCCAUUCUGCCAGGUCUGGAACGUGCUAUCCAUGCCAAAACAAGCAUUCUGCAGCUUGUCAACUUGCGCAAUCAUAAACUACAUGGGGCAUGUGCCAUUUGCGGGAAGCCCCUCAUAGAAGUUCCUAAUGCAAGAAAUGUUCGUUGGCUUCCCCUGCUCAGCAAACGGAGCCCUAGAGAGAGGCCAGUGCUACCACGGGAUUUCUUAUUCGUCCACGUGGAUAACGCCCGGCGAGACGGCAGGCAGAAUAUGAGAAGCUCAGGAUGUGAUUGAUAGAUGCAUUCGUUUGCAUACGUUCUUUCAUAUUUAUUUACGGUGAUAUUAAAUUUCAGGUUGUUUGUAGUUUGCGGUGCGUAUGUAUGGUUGAAGGCGGGGCUGCUGGUGGCGAUUGGCGGGAAGAAGUGAGGCCGGCGAGGGAAGCUACUGAUUACAACUACUAUCAGCGGGAUAACUUAGCGACGUCGCCCACCACCAAAGCUACCGAAAUGCAGGGUCCUGAGCAGUGCAACUAAACCGCUUAGAUGCUAGUUGGGGAGUUGGGCUGCUGAAAGUAUAGCUAGGCGUGCAUUUUCUUUUGCGGUGAUAGUUAUCGAAAACCAGGCAAAGUAUGAGGAUAUUACAGAAGGGCAAUUUAGAUUAUUCAGGAUCACUGCCGGCCGGGCAUUUUCCCUCAAUUUUCCGUUAGUUACCAGGAUUAUUCCACUACCUGAAUUAGUAUCUAGCUAGUAUUGCAGUGUUUAGCGGCUUUUGCCCAGCUGCAGCAAGUCAAGCUUUAUGGACGUUGGGUUGAAUUAUGGCAGGGCUGGAGAAUGCAGCGACAGAAGGUUUCAAAAUCUCAUCGUCAAUCAAGCUUCCAUUGUGUUCAGGGGUAGGAGUCGCUUCGGAUGCUAAAAAAAAAAAAAUAAAUAAAUAAAUAAAUAAAAAUAAAAAUAGA